AGGAGCCCACGCCGGCGCGCGGCGCAGCCCUGUGGCGUCACAGCAGCGGGCCAAUAAGGAUCACCGGGAGGCAGGCCUUGUGCGAGGCGGAAGCGGAAGCGGCGGCGCGGUCGGGGCAGGUCCGCGCCUGUCGCCGCACGUGUGAGGGUUGCUACAAUGGAAGUUAAAGGGAAAAAAAAAUUCACAAAAAAGAAUACAAAGCCGUCUCGUGAAGAAAGCAGAUUCCGAAAGAGCAGUGAUUCUGGUUCUUCGCGAACCUUCCCAAGAAAAGUCCUUAAGGAAGAUGGGCCUAAAAUCACAUCGAAGAGCCUUGGAAAGAGUGCUGUGAAACCUGGGAAGAAGGGUGUGAAACACUUCAAGAACAAACAGCAAGGGCACAGAGGACCUAAGAACAAAUCCCAGCCAGCAGAGAACUUCCACAGGAAGAGAAAGUUCCAGGCGGACGGUCAGAGCGAUGCAGAGUCAGCAGCCAAGAAACCCAAGUGGGAUGACUUCAAGAAGAAGAAGAAGGAGCUGAAGCAGAGCAGGCAGCUCAACGACAAAACCAACUAUGACAUCGUUGUCCGCGCCAAGCACAUCUGGGAGAGCCUGAGGAGGAAAGAUUGUGACAAAGACAAACGAGUGAAGUUAAUGGGUGACUUGCAGAAGUUGAUUCAAGGGAAAAUUAAAACUAUUGCGUUUGCACAUGAUUCGACUCGCGUGAUCCAGUGUUACAUUCAGUAUGGCAGUGAAGAGCAGAGGAAACAGGCUUUUGAAGAAUUGCAAGGUGAUUUGAUUGAAUUAAGUAAAGCCAAAUAUUCCAGAAAUAUCGUUAAGAAAUUUCUGAUGUACGGAAGUAAACCACAGAUUGCAGAGAUAAUCAAAAGUUUCAAAGGCCACGUGCGUAAGAUGCUGCGUCAUGCAGAGGCGUCAGCCAUCGUGGAGUAUGCUUACAAUGACAAAGCUAUUCUGGAGCAGAGAAACAUGCUGACGGAGGAACUCUACGGGAACACCUUUCAGCUUUAUAAGUCGGCAGAUCAUCCAACUCUGGACAAAGUGUUGGAGAUGCAGCCAGAAAAAUUAGAGCUUAUUAUGGACGAGAUGAAGCAGAUUCUAACCCCGAUGGCGCAGAAGGAAGCUGUGAUUAAGCACUCGUUGGUACAUAAAGUAUUCCUGGACUUUUUCACUCAUGCUCCCCAAAAACUCAGAUCAGAAAUGAUUGAAGCUAUCCGAGAAGCAGUCAUCUACCUGGCACACACACACGACGGCGCCAGGGUGGCCAUGCAUUGCCUGUGGCAUGGAACGCCCAAGGACAGGAAAGUAAUUGUGAAAACAAUGAAGACUUACGUUGAGAAGGUGGCUAAUGGCCAGUACUCCCACUUGGUUCUCCUGGCCGCGUUUGACUGCAUCGAUGAUACCAAGCUUGUGAGGCAGAUCAUCAUAUCAGAGAUUAUCAGCUCCCUGCCUAAUAUCGUGAAUGACAAGUAUGGAAGGAAAGUCCUGUUGUACUUGCUGAGCCCCCGAGAUCCUGCCCACACUGUGCGAGAAAUCAUCGAAGUUCUGCAGAAAGGAGAUGGGAAUGCGCACAGUAAGAAAGAUGCAGAGAUCCGCCGGCGCGAGCUCUUGGAGUCCAUUUCUCCAGCUUUGCUGAGCUACCUGCAGGGACACGCUCAGGAGCUGGUGCUGGACAAGUCGGCCUGUGUGUUAGUGCCCGGCAUUCUUGGAGCCGCCACUGGAGACGUCCAGCCUGCCAUGGAGGCCAUUGCCACCUUGGCAGCAGACCCGCUGCAUCCUGGGGGCAAGGAUGGAGAGCUUCACGUUGCAGAACAUCCUGCAGGACAUCUGGUUCUGAAGUGGUUAAUAGAACAAGAUAAAAAGAUGAAAGAAAGCGGAAGACAAGGUUGCUUUGCAAAAACACUUGUAGAACGUGUUGGUGUUAAGAACCUCAAGUGCUGGGCCAGUGUGAACCGAGGAGCCAUAAUUCUUUCUAGUCUUCUCCAGAGCACCGACCACGAAGUUGCCGGCAGAGUGCGAGCUGGAUUGAAAAGCCUGAUCCCCACGCUGCAGAAGAACAAAAGCGCCAGCAAAGGAGCAGAAAUUCUGCUUGAGAGAUUGACUGCCUAAGUGGGAAGGGUCAAGAACAAAAUGGGACCCUUUUUUCCUAUUCUCUGUUUUCCAAGCACCGAAGUGACAGGACCCAGCAUGUUGGUAAUUGGGCACUGUGUAUAUGAGUUGUUUGUGUGAGAACUUGUUUAUAAAAUCAUUUCCAUAAAUGGUCUUUUUAACAAAAUCCCUACUGUCUUGUAUAAAGUGGAAGCGAUAACAAGGCAGGUUGAGUGGUGUUACAGAGUGAAGCAGGCCACGUGUGUAUAGGGGGCCUGA